CGUUAUAGGUGGUAAUAAGUACAUUCCAGGACGUGGAAUAAACAUAGUUGUGAUGGAUCCCCAGUCUAAACAGAUCAUGAACACCAAGACAUUUGAUACAUAUGAGACAGAAAAAGAGAGUAUCAGACUUGUUGAGUUCAUCAAAUCUCUUGCUGAUGGAUUGAUUGUGGUUGCAACUACCUAUGAUGAAGCAUCCCAUAGAAUAACUUAUGAUGCAAGAAAUGAGUUAGCAAGUAUUGGAAGUUCUCAUAUACAUAGUCUGGAUUAUCGGGACAGCUGGAGUUUGGUUGGGCAGAAAGGUUUAAUGGGUGUUUCACCAUAUGAAGUAAUUCAUGACAGGGUUGGACAAGGAUGGGGUGCUCAUGCUACCAUUAAAGAGUGUGUUCCUCUCAAAAUUGAGUCUGUUGGAGGUCAGAAUGUAGUUUUGAAAAACGGCAAACGAGGGGAUUUUUGUAAACAGUAUGAAGGAUAUGGUGACUUUUGUUCAGAAGAGAAUAUCAACAAACCCUUACAGCCAAAAUCUCUAGAUGAUGAAUCAUUGAAGAAGAACCCGGCAUAUUCCACACCGAUACUGGUUAUCCCAGGUCUUGAUUUAUAUGCUUUACGUAAAACAUUAGAUUCCUUGUUGGAAGUGCCUGGAUUGAAUCCUGAUGUGGUCAUGGUAGGAAAUGAUGGUGACUUUUCUGAACCCAAAUCAUUAGUUGACUUGUAUGGCUUCAAGAAUAUGAUAUUACAAAUUACUACCAAGUAUCAGUAUCACAUGCACAAAGGCAUGGAGGAAGUGUUUAAAAAAUUUCCCAAAAGUGAAUAUGUUAUAGUUGUCGAGGAGCAGCUCCAAGUGAGUCCCGAUUUCCUGAAUUAUUUUGCUCAGACGUUACCAUUAUUGGAAAAGGACUCCAGUAUCCUAGCUAUAUCUGCAUUUAAUCAGAAUGGUUUCAUGAACACCUCUGGUGAUCCUACCCGACUGUAUCGCACUGAAGACUUUCCAGGAUUAGGGUGGGUACUGCGGAAGUCUGUAUGGAAUGAACUACAACCUCAGCUCAAAGAUUGCUGUGAUUCAAGGUCCUGGGAUCAAUGGCUGAAGGGAAACCUAAAAGGAAGGGAAAUGGUUGUACCUGAUGUCUCAAGAGUAGCCUGGUUUAAGAAGGACGGCUUCAGUUCUGAUCAAAGUUUUCUAGAUACAUAUUUUAAUGACAGACGAACUCUGAG